AUUACAUGAAGAGAUCAGCUUACCAGUUUUCUUCAGAGCCUGGGCUGAGCUUGGAGCUCCGUCUGUCCGGGUAGUACAGUGAGAGAGAGCAGAGACAUUCAGCGCGGUGCCUAGCGGAACUCCAGGGCUGGAAUUCCGAGACACAAGUGCAUCUGCUAGCUGUUAGCACUUGGCAGACGGAGUUCUCUUCUAGGGCAGUUCUAACUUUGGGUAAUAAUGUUUGUCAGCUACCUGAUAUUAACAUUGCUCCACGUUCAAACAGCAGUGUUAGCGAGACCUGGGGGAGAGAGUAUUGGCUGUGACGACUACCUGGGCUCCGACAAAGUUGUGGACAAGUGUGGGGUGUGUGGAGGCGAUAACACUGGCUGUCAGGUUGUGUCAGGUGUGUUUAAACAUGCCCUCACCAGCCUGGGUUACCACCGAGUGGUUGAGAUUCCCCAGGGAGCCACGAAAAUCAACAUCACCGAAAUGCAUAAGAGCAACAACUAUUUGGCCUUACGAAGUCGUUCUGGUCGCUCCAUCAUCAACGGGAACUGGGCAAUUGACCGACCCGGAAAAUACGAGGGCGGAGGAACCAUGUUCACCUACAAACGUCCAAAUGAGAUCUCUAGCACUGCAGGGGAGUCGUUUUUGGCAGAAGGUCCCACUAAUGAGAUCUUGGAUGUCUAUAUGAUACACCAGCAGCCUAACCCCGGAGUUCACUACGAGUAUGUCGUCAUGAGGACCAAUGCCAUCAGCCCCCAGGUGCCACCUCACACAAGACCAGGGCAACCCUUCAAUGGCCAGCUGGCACCAGAAGGUAGGAGCCAGGACGAGGGGGAAGAGGACGAGAGAAGCGAGGAGAAGGAAAGUGUGCACAGUGAGACACCUGAAAUAUUCACCUCGGAAUCAGUCCAGACCUUCCCAGUCAGGCAGCCAGAUAGGUUUCUUUCCCAUCGACCAGACAAUUCAGUGCCACCAGCACCACAGCCCCCCCGGAGAAGCCGGGAUCACAACUGGAAGCAGCUUGGGACCACAGAAUGCUCAACAACCUGCGGGAAAGGAUCUCAGUACCCCAUUUUUCGCUGUGUGAACAGAAACACUCACAAAGAGGUCCCUGAGAACUACUGCGACUCCAGCAUGAAGCCCACCCCUGAGGAGGAGCCUUGCAAUAUCUUCCCGUGCCCAGCCUUCUGGGACAUCGGGGAAUGGUCCGAGUGCAGCAAAACCUGUGGCCUGGGCAUGCAGCAUCGUCAGGCCCUGUGUCGCCAGGUGUACGCCAACCACAGCCUGACUGUGCAGCCUUACCGCUGCCAGCACCUGGAGAAGCCCGAGACCACCAGCACCUGCCAGCUCAAGAUCUGCAGCGAGUGGCAGAUCCGCACCGACUGGACCUCGUGCUCAGUGCCCUGUGGAGUUGGACAGAGGACCCGAGAUGUGAAGUGCGUGAGCAACCUCGGGGACGUGGUGGACGACGAGGAAUGCAAUAUGAAGCUCCGGCCCAGUGACAUUGAGAAUUGUGACAUGGGGCCCUGUGCAAAGAGCUGGUUCCUCACCGACUGGAGUGAGAGGUGCUCAGCGGAGUGCGGGGCUGGUGUCCGAACACGCUCAGUCGCGUGCAUGACCAACCACAUUGGCAGCCUGCCUCUGGAGGGCUGUGGGAACAACCGCCCAGCGGAGGCCACCCCUUGUGACAACGGGCCCUGCACUGGCAAGGUAGAGUGGUUCACUGGAAGCUGGAGUCAGUGUUCAAUUGAGUGUGGGAGUGGAACCCAACAGAGGGAGGUGAUCUGUGUUAGGAAGAAUGCAGACACCUUUGAAGUGCUGGACCCCUACGAAUGUUCUUUCUUGGAGAGACCCCCCAGCCAGCAAUCCUGCCACCUCAAGCCUUGUGGGGCCAAAUGGUUUCACACCGAAUGGAGCAUGUGCUCCAAGAGCUGCCAGGGUGGCUUCCGGGUCCGGGAAGUACGGUGCCUGUCAGAUGACAUGACUCUAAGUAACCUCUGUGACCCUCAGUUGAAACCAGAAGAGAAAGAAUCUUGUAACCCUCAGGACUGUGUCCCUGAAGUUGAUGAAAACUGCAAGGACAAAUACUACAACUGUAACGUGGUAGUGCAAGCACGACUCUGUGUCUACAACUACUACAAGACCGCCUGCUGCGCCUCUUGCACUCGAGUGGCCACCAGGCACCCAGGGUACCUGGGCAGCCGAUAACACUCCUGCCUGCACCACAGUCAGUGUGGCGGCGCCACCUGCCUUCCCG